AAAAAAAAAAAAAGCAACAAGGCGAGCAAAUAGCGAGUAGACACGCCCCGAAAGUGGUCAGGCGGAUAAGGUAGACGAGUGAGCUACAAGAGGCUAGAGGUCGCAGAGGAACAGAGUGAGAAAAGAAUUACUGCGUACAGCGCUCUGGAGUAUUCGUAGGUGAAGAGGAGAUAAGGCGGAACAUGAAGUACCUUGGACCGGGGGUUGGACGGAUACCACAGCGGGUUAAGGAGGGCGGAUGUAGGGAUUGGGGUGGGAUGGGACGGCGAGGGGGGAUGCUUGGGAGCAAGAGGUGGAGAGCCAGAUUGGUCGACGAGGCGAACGGUGAAUUAGGCGUAGGACGAAUGGUCCUUCUGGCGCAACAUUGGAUUUUCCCUUCUCCCGCCUAGGUACUGCUAUUUCCCCUUUGCUUGAUUGGCGCUGCUUGGUUUAUCUGUCGCUGGUUGGAUGCUGGAUGCACGUUCGAGGAGAGGGAGAAAAAGAGAGGAGGGAAUCAUCGGCACCGUUUCUAUGUGUACAUGAUGGAAGCAUAGGGUGAUAGGGUAGACACGUAGUCGGUACUCGGGAUGCGCAUCGAGAAUCAUUGCAUCAAGAUGUAGAUUCUACGCCUAGACAGUGAGCUGCAAUGCGCCUGGGAUCACUAGAGAUGGAGGAAAGGCUCCCCCGUACUUGGUACACGGUACGGAGUACUUGAGGAAUACAUCAGAAAGUCGGAGGGUCCCAUAUGGGGCACAGAGACGGCGCUAGUAUAAGUCGGUCCAGCCUUGCGUGUACUUUGUGCCGCCAGAGUUGCGGCAAGAGGUACAUGCUGAUUCGAGUAAAUCCCGGCAGCACCCAAGAGGCACCCGGCGAAUGUUACGGGUGGAUGUGGAGUCUUUUCCCACCAGGGGGGCCACGAAGGACCUUCUCGCGCAAAGCAAUUCGCUCCUCCAGCCCGUGGCCGACAUGGAAUACGAAUGGUGAUCGGUCGACCAUCUUUCCUAACCCAGCGCAAGCGUCGACGCCCCAAAGGGGAUUGUCAGAGGUCUCCGGUGUGCUUGUCCCAGACCACAGGCAAUUUCAGAUAUGAACAUUGGCUCGAAUGGCUGUUGUGCCCCUCCUCCAAGCCCGG